UAUGGAAUUGGUAUCAGUCGCAGUUCAAGCAGCCAAACCAGCUCCCAUCUUCCUUCUCACAACAAUCAAUCAAUCAAGAUGAAAUCCUUCGUGUGCAUCGCUCUGGUCGCCUUCACCGCAGCCGCUUUGGCUCUGCCCACCAACGUGGCUUCGGCCACCGGACAGACUAGCUCCACGGUAUCCCUGACUUCCCAGGACGGCGAGCUGGAGGGACUCGCCGGUCAGGGAUUCGGAGACCUGACUCGUCUUCGUAAGUCCGCCUACGGCGGAAGCUCCGGUGGCUAUGGAGUCUCCAGCGUACCAGCCCCUCCCUGCCCCAAGAACUACCUGUUCAGCUGCCAGCCUAAUCUCGCCCCGGUGCCGUGCAGUGCUCCAGCCCCCAGCUACGGAUCCGCCGGUGCCUACUCUUCUCCGGUGGCCUCCUACGUCGCUCCUAACUAUGGAGUCCCCCAGCACCAGCAACAGCUUUUCAGCGCCUCUUACGUGCCACAGUCCUACGGAUACCAGUACUAAGUGACAACUGAUUUCAUCCACGAUCCCAGGCCACGUACUACGAAAUCUAUUGCUGAGAAACAUAAACUUUAAUGGAUUUUAAAAAAUUAACCCAAAAAUAUGUAUUGCAAUAAAUCACAAAACCGCAUAGAACUUGAA